AUGUCAUUUAGUACAGACUCUACUUCAACCAGGGAUGAACUUCCCUUGGUUGAAAAUAAUUCUUUAGAUCACCCCUACAUGGGGUUCGAUAAGACAGCACAAGACCAGAUCAGAGAUUUGGCAAGAACACUAACUCAGCUAAGUGUUGCUCAUCCAUCAGAAAGCGCCAUCGACCAGGGGUCUGAUGUACAGUCGAUAUACUCAACGGGACUUCCUGGAAUUAAUCCGGUCUAUACAAAUCCAGAUACUCCUGGCUAUGACGAGAAAUUGGAUCCAGCAAGUGAUAAUUUCUCAAGUACAGCAUGGGUGAAAAAUAUGGCUAACAUUGCCAAAUCUGAUCCAGAUUUUUAUAAACCUUAUUCCUUAGGUUGUGUUUGGAAAAAUCUAUCAGCUUCUGGUGAUUCUGCCGAUGUCUCUUAUCAAGCUACUAUCCUUAAUAUGCCAUGGAAGAUUAUAACUUACGUUUAUAGGAAAGUGACACCAACAAGAGAAAUAGAUACUUUCCAAAUUUUAAAAUCUAUGGAUGGAAUUUUAAACCCAGGUGAAUUAUUAGUCGUGCUGGGUAGACCUGGUUCUGGUUGUACUACAUUGUUAAAAUCAAUAUCUUCUAAUACACAUGGAUUCGAUAUUAGUAAGGACUCGAUCAUUUCUUAUAAUGGGUUAACUCCAAAGGAUAUUAGGAGACAUUACCGUGGUGAAGUGGUUUAUAAUGCAGAGUCCGAUAUUCAUUUACCUCAUUUAACCGUUUAUCAAACUUUAUUAACUGUGGCAAGGUUAAAGACUCCCAGUAAUAGAAUUAAAGACGUCACCCGAGAAGAUUACGCAAACCACCUUACUCAAGUAACAAUGGCCACAUAUGGGUUGUUGCAUACUAGGGAUACAAAAGUUGGUGAUGAUCUCGUUAAAGGUGUCUCUGGUGGUGAACGUAAACGUGUCUCCAUUGCUGAAGUGUCCAUUUGCGGAUCCAAAGUUCAAUGUUGGGAUAACGCUACGAGAGGUUUGGAUUCUGCUACAGCUUUGGAAUUUAUUCGUGCUUUGAAAACACAGGCCACUAUUUUAAAUACUACUGCCACGGUAGCAAUCUAUCAAUGUUCUCAGGAUACUUACGAUCUUUUUGAUAAAGUUUGUGUCUUAGAUGAUGGGUAUCAAUUAUAUUAUGGGCCCAGCGACAGGGCUAAGAAAUAUUUCCAAGAUAUGGGGUACGUGUGCCCACCAAGACAAACCACGGCUGAUUUCUUAACAUCAGUAACAUCUCCAACAGAAAGAAUAUUAAACCAAGAUAUGUUAAAGAAUGGUAAAAAAAUUCCACAAACUCCAAGGGAGAUGGGCGAAUAUUGGUUAGAAUCUCCAGAUUAUCAACAAUUAAUGCAACAAAUUGACGCAGAAUUAUCAUCAAACCAAGAUGAACAGCGUGAUGUCAUCAGAGAAGCCCAUAUUGCCAAACAAUCUAAGAGAGCAAGACCCUCUUCACCUUAUGUCGUCAGUUAUAUGAUGCAAGUGAAAUACCUUUUAAUUAGAAAUUAUUGGAGAAUAAAACAAAGAGCCAGUGUCACAAUUUUUCAGGUGGUUGGUAAUUCUGUCAUUGCAUUUAUCCUAGGUUCCAUGUUUUAUAAAGUUCAAAAAAAGCUGAUUCUUCUACAUUUUAUUUCCGCGGUGCCGCUAUGUUUUUUUGCUAUACUGUUCAAUGCAUUUUCGUCGCUAUUAGAAAUAUUUACAUUAUUUGAGGCAAGACCAAUUACUGAAAAGCAUAGAACAUAUUCAUUAUAUCAUCCAAGUGCAGAUGCAUUUGCUUCAGUUCUUUCAGAAGUACCAGCUAAGUUGGUUACUUCUGUUUGCUUUAACAUUAUCUACUACUUCUUAGUUAAUUUCAAAAGAGAUGCCGGAAUAUUCUUCUUUUAUUUCCUGAUCAGUAUCGUAUCCACUUUUGCAUUAUCACAUUUAUUUAGAUGUAAUGGAUCUCUAUCAAAGACCUUACCAGGUGCUAUGGUUCCUGCAUCCAUGUUAUUACUCGCCAUUUCCAUGUAUACAGGGUUUGCCAUUCCUGAGACAAAAAUGUUAGGUUGGUCAAAAUGGAUUUGGUAUAUUAAUCCAUUGGCGUACCUUUUUGAAUCAUUAAUGAUUAAUGAAUUCCAUGAUAGAAGAUUUCCCUGUGCUCAAUUCAUUCCUGCAGGUCCACCAUACCAAAAUGCAACAGGUACUGAGAGAGUUUGUGCUGCUGUUGGAUCUGUUCCCGGUCAAGAUUUUGUUAAUGGGGAUAUUUUCUUAUUAGAAAGUUAUGGUUAUCAACACAAGCAUAAAUGGCGUGGAUUUGGUGUUGGUAUGGCAUUUGUGGUAUUCUUCUUCUUUGGUUACUUAAUUCUUUGUGAAUAUAAUGAAGGUGCCAAACAAAGAGGUGAAAUGCUAAUCUUCCCUCAGAAUAUCGUGAGAAAGAUGAAAAAGCAAGGCAAGCUAAAGGGAAAACAUCCUAAUAAAGAUGAUAUUGAAGCGGCAGCAAGUUCUAUGGAAUGCAAUACUACUGAAAAGAGUAUAUUAAAUUCUUCAUCUAUAAAUUAUGAUGACAUGGAAUCCGAAGUGGGUCUUUCAAAAUCAGAGGCUAUUUUCCAUUGGAGAAAUUUAUGUUAUGAAAUCCCAAUCAAGAAAGAAAUAAGGCAUAUCUUAAAUAACAUCGACGGUUGGGUAAAGCCAGGCACUCUUACUGCAUUAAUGGGGGCGUCUGGUGCUGGUAAGACUACUCUAUUAGAUUGUUUAGCUCAGAGAGUUACCGUGGGUACAAUAACUGGUGAUGUUUUUGUUAAUGGCUGCUUGCGUGACGAAUCGUUCCCAAGAUCAAUUGGAUAUUGUCAACAACAAGAUCUACAUUUGAAAACUUCAACAGUGAGAGAAUCCUUAAGAUUUUCUGCUUAUCUACGUCAACCAUUCGAUGUUCCUGUUGAAGAGAAAAAUAAAUAUGUAGAAGAAAUUAUUAAAACUUUGGAGAUGGAAACUUACGCUGAUGCUGUUGUUGGUGUCCCAGGUGAAGGGUUGAACGUUGAGCAAAGAAAGAGGUUAACUAUCGGUGUGGAAUUGGCUGCUAAACCGAAAUUAUUGGUUUUCCUCGAUGAACCUACAUCUGGUUUAGAUUCGCAAACUGCUUGGGCAACAUGUCAAUUAAUGAAAAAAUUAGCACAAAAUGGACAAGCAAUCCUCUGUACCAUUCACCAACCUUCUGCUAUAUUAAUGCAAAAUUUUGAUCGGUUAUUAUUUCUUCAAAAAGGUGGUGAGACUGUUUAUUUUGGUGAUUUGGGUAGUGGUUGUCAAACUAUGAUUGAUUAUUUUGAAAAGGAAGGUGCUGAAAAAUGCCCACCCGAGGCCAAUCCAGCAGAGUGGAUGUUGCAAAUCAUUGGUGCUGCCCCUGGUUCCCAUGCCAUAAAAGAUUUUCAUAAGGCUUGGAGAAACUCGGAAGAAUAUAAGGCUGUGCAAAAAGAAUUGGAUUGGAUGGAGCAAGAGUUACCUAGGAGAGCAAGCGAAACCACACCAGAAGAACAUAAACGAUUUGCUACUAGUGUAUGGUAUCAAUUCAAAUUAGUCAGUGUACGUUUAUUCCAGCAAUAUUGGAGAUCUCCUGAAUAUCUUUGGUCAAAAUAUCUUUUAACUGUCUUCAACGAAACCUUUAUUGGUUUUACCUUUUUUAAAGCAGAUAGGACUAUGCAAGGCCUACAAAACCAAAUGUUGGCCACCUUUAUGUUCACUGUUGUUUUUAAUCCACUAUUAGAACAAUAUUUACCUGGUUUUGUUGAACAAAGAGGUUUAUAUGAGGCAAGGGAACGUCCAUCAAGAACAUUUUCUUGGAUAGCUUUUAUUCUUUCCCAAAUUGUUGUUGAAAUUCCAUGGAACUUUGUAGCAGGUACCAUUGCUUAUUUUAUUUAUUACUAUGCAAUUGGUUUUUACAUGAAUGCCUCCGCUGCUGGUCAGUUACAUGAAAGAGGUGCAUUAUACUGGUUAUUAUGUACUGCGUUCUUUGUUUAUAUUGGUUCUAUGGCUGUAGCUGUUAUUUCCUUCAUCGAAAUUGCUGAUACUGCGGGUCAGUUGGCUUCAUUAUUAUUUACAAUGGCUUUAUCCUUCUGUGGUGUCAUGGUUACUCCUUCUGCGUUGCCCAGAUUCUGGAUCUUUAUGUAUAGAAUUUCUCCUUUAACAUAUUUGAUUGAUGCAUUUUUGUCUGUUGGUAUUGCUAAUGUUGAUGUGGAAUGCGCCUCAUUUGAAUUUGUUCAAUUUAGUCCUCCACCGGGUAUGGAUUGUGGGACAUAUAUGGCACCGUAUAUUCAAAUGACGGGGACUGGAUAUUUAUCUGAUUCAUCUGCGACAGAUACAUGUCAUUUUUGCCAAUUUUCGCACACCAAUGAUUUUUUGAAAUCGGUUGGCUCAGAUUAUUCAAAGAGAUGGAGAAAUUGGGGUAUUUUUAUUUGUUACAUUGCCAUAAAUUACAUUGCUGCUGUUUCAUUCUACUAUCUCGCAAGAGUUCCAAAGUCUACUGGUGAAAUAAAAGAACAGAAUCAGAAGACAAGGGAAGGGGAGAAUUUAACAGGAAGUUCUGAAGAUCAACAAAAAGUUUCUGCUUAG